UCUCUCGUGCACACAUCACACCUGCGCGCGCCUCUCUCUCUCUCUCUCCCUCCCUCUCUCUCUCCGCCACUUCAAAGCUCUACUUGAAAGUGGGCUCGAGACAAGAGUUGUUGUUCUUUCCGCCUGGUGGUGCCACGCGCCGAGCAUCAUCGUCAUCAUCACCAUGCCUCGAGGAUUCUUGGUGAAGAGAAACCGGCGAUGUGCGGCGUCAUACCGCUCACGAAGUAACACUAACAACAAACCGGUACCGUCUGACGGUGACAGGAGCAACUGUGAGAACUUUGAGGCGACAAAACCGGAGGCCGGGAAGGAGAAAGGCGGGUUGAAUGUUUUCUCCUUUGAACGGGCAGAUGGACUACUCCCGGUGUCCCGCGAAGACUCCGCCGGUGUCAGAGAGGCUUGGAGCCCGCACGUGGAGUCUGCGCUGGAGGCGGAGGCGGACCGGCGCGCGCAGUUACCGGAGACCGAGGAGCAGGUGAGCGAGGUGGACGUUUUGACUCCUGAUAGUGAUUUCUCCUGCUUCCUCCCUCCUCCUCCACUACCACCACGCGACUUGACUGUAACUGAGUCUUGCAGCCCCGUUAAACCGGUCGGCACACGACUUCUGGAACACCACGAGGAAGGAGAGAAGCAGCCGCUGUUCCCCAGUCAGUGCCUGACAUCAUCUCCAGUGUCGGAGUUACCGGAGCUUCCAUUCCUGGUGAGCUCCACGCCGACCUCGGUGUCCGCUUCUAUCGAGAGGCUCCUCGCGAGCAGCAGCCGCCACGCGCCGUCCUACGGUCCCAGUGACAAAUACGAGCAGAGUAUGGGUCACGCGCACUUGUUCCCGCCGCUGACACUGAUGAACCAGGAGCAGCAUCACGCAGCGAGGAAACGCUCGUUCCUCGAGCAGGACCAACGCUUAAACAGCAACAGACACAACAAACAGUCCGUGGGAAACCCGUCAAAGAAACACAAAGUGAACCGGAAACUGAACUUCGAGGAUGAAGUCACCACCUCGCCAGUUUUGGGUCUGCGAAUCAAGAAGGAAAGUCCCGAGCUGAGGAGACAGCGGGAGAAGUCCACUGCGCCCACCGGGAACCAGCCGCUGGGAGAGUUCAUCUGCCAACUUUGUAAAGAGGAGUACCCCGAUCCUUUCUCCCUCGCGCAGCACAAGUGCUCCCGCAUAGUGCGCGUGGAGUACCGCUGUCCAGAGUGCGACAAAGUCUUCAGCUGUCCCGCCAACUUGGCAUCUCACCGCCGCUGGCACAAACCCCGUCCGGUAAACAACCAAGCAGGAGAGACUCCGACAAACAAGAGCCAGCCGUUAAAAGAGGCACGAGGGCUCCUUCAGCACGAGAGGCAGCCAGUAGAGAUGGAGGGCAAAGAGAACGAGCUGCUGCGUAUUAACACUAAUCAGCACCACGGAGUGCUGGACAGCUCCCGCAUCAGGCGCGAGCCGUCCCUGCUGCUGCUCCACGCUCGGUCUCGGGACAGCCCCGACAGCGACAGCCUCGCGCCUCCGCACUAUGACUCCUCGCUUCAUUACCGGAACCCGGUUGAGAGCUGUCUGGAGCUGCAGCAGCAGGUGAGAGCGGCGGACAGUCCACCCUCGAGCCUCCUUCUACUAAACGGCAACCCAGACGAGCGCGCGGAGCUGCAGCAGCAGCCGCGGCCGUCACUUCCUCAUCCUCCCUUACCGUUUGUCCAGUCUUUACCGGAGGAGGAAGUGUACGAGUGCCGGUACUGUGGGAAGAAAUUCCGCCGGCAGGCUUACCUGAGGAAACACCUUGCCGCGCACGAGAUGACAGCGCGAGCGUCCCCGCCCCCAUCGUCUUAUGGCCAGGCGCGCGAGACCGGUGGAGGACAGAGCCAGGUGUUCCUCUGUCACCUGUGCGGCGCGCGCUUCCCGUCAGUUGAAAUCAGAGACAAGCACCGUCUGUGGCACGCGAUGAGGGACGAGUUACUGGCGGGAACAUUGGGAGGAGGACUCAGACCAGACGUGUUCCACACGCAGGGAGACGAGAGCGGCGCCGGGGAGUGCGAGCAGCAGCAGAUCUACACGUGCAAGCACUGUCCGUCCACAUUCUUCAGCUCCCCGGGGCUCGCAAGACACAUCAACAAAUCUCAUCCUACCGAAAGCCGGCAGGUGAUGCUGCUGCAGAUGACGGUGCGACCGUAAAACGCGCACGAGACACAGACACACUCAAACAAGCCAAACAACAUAAUUUG